AUGACGGGUUGCAAACCAGUUGAUACCCCUAUAGAAGCAAAUGCAAAGUUAAGUAAUAUGAGUAAAGGUGUUCUAGUGAGCAAAGAAAGAUAUCAGCGGCUUGUUGGAAAAUUAAUAUAUCUCUCUCAUACUAGACCCGACAUCUCUUAUGCAGUGAGUAUGGUAAGUCAGUUCAUGCAGUCUCCAUACGAAAAACACAUGAGGGCAGUAGAGCGCAUUUUGAGAUAUCUGAAAACCUCUCCAGGGAAAGGCUUGAUGUUCAGGAAAACUGAAAAGCGAUGCAUCGAAGCUUACACCGAUGCUGAUUGGGCAGGAUCUGUAGUAGACAGAAAAUCAACAUCACGGUAUUGUACCUUUGUGUGGGGCAACCUUGUUACAUGGAGAAGUAAAAAGUAA